UUUUUCUGCCGUGUGGCGUUUUUUUUGACAAAGCCACAAACCCCCACUUCGCUGUUGCUUCUCAUGUCUCAAAAUGAACUGAUGACGAGUUGAAAAUGGCGGAUCUUUCGAAAUCCAACCCCGGCCUGAAAUAGAAACGCAACGCGCUCGUCACUUUUGUAGCUAGGACUGUUAUCACAGCUACCGGUUUUCAUCCCGUAUGUACAUGUGUUUUACAUUAGUUUUAUUUUGUAAAUUGCAGCGUAUUGUUGCAGUUUAUAAGAUCGAUCAUCACUGGUAAAUUCGGAAUCUGACUGCCUGACCUAUUUGGUAGCCAUAGCAUACUGCUGAGUGAGGGAGUGCAUGUGAGAGCAUGGACGUGGUGUCGCCUGAUCUGAACAGUAUCCUCCCUGAUGAGAUCAUGGACACAGAGGCCAUCGCCAUGGAGGAGGAGCCAACUGAGCUCCCCACACCAUCCACCCAGUGCGAGCCAGAGCCUGCUCAGGUUCCUAUGGAAACAGAGGUGCCUGAAAUUGUCAGCUUGUGUUCCGCUGCUACACCAACGCAGAAGACGCAAGCUCUGACCACCUCCACCACCACAGACUCAACUCUGUGCAGAAUCAGCUCUGGGGCACAGCUUCUUGUGACCUCGUCUUCCUCCCCUGGCAUUAAGCCUGUCACCACUGCCACCAAACCCAGCAGUCCUGUGGUGAGCCAGAGCCUCCCAAAGCUCUCCGUCCCGCUCACGCUUCCAGCCAACCACCAGCUAAUCCUCAACAAAGUGGCCGCCUCCCCAGCCUCAGAGAGCAAGUCUCCGGGUGCUACUGUCCUCAAGCAGGAAGGCCAGAAACUCUUAGUCACUGGUCUUAGUAAAACAGGCCAGCCGGUUGUGCUGGCAUUGCCUCACAAUUGGAGCAAGCCCGCCACCUCUCAGGGCACAGGGGAUGCCAAAGCUCAGCCACAGCAAUUCAAGGUGGUGACGACCACGGCAAGGACAGAGUUAAAGCCUGUGAUUGGUGUGCAAGCUGUCAGCUCAGCCAGCCAACUGCUGGGGACCUCUUCACCCCUACAGGCCCAGCAAGUCAAGACUGUACAGAUUACAAAAAAGCCGCCCGUCUCCACGGCAGGGCCCAUGAUAACGAAGCUGAUCAUCACCAAAGCCCUGAACAACAAGGGCCUGCCCAGCCAAGCACCUGCACCGCCUGUGGUAACAGGGAGGGUUCUUACCCAGAGUGCACCAGUGACCCCACCCCGGAGCAUUGCGGUCGGGGAGGCCAUAACCACAGCAGCCCAGAGCAUGACCAGCAGCUGCAGCAGUAAGGUGGCCAUCUCUCCCCUCAAGUCUCCCAGCAAGCUGACUGUGGUGUCAGUGACCAGCCCGGCCCCAAGCUCUCCGCAGAAGCCCAUGCCUCUUUCUCUCAACGUGGCCCUGGGCCAGCAGAUCCUCACAGUACAGCAGACCACUACCACCUCUCCGGCCAAGGCAGGAACCAGCCAAUCCUCAACACAGGCAAUGAAGCCGGUUCAGACGGUGGCAGUAGGCGGAGUUAGCACACCUCAGUUCAAGACCAUCAUUCCCCUGGCCACACCCCCUAAUGUGCAGCAAAUCCAAGUGCCUGGCAGCCGCUUCCACUAUGUGCGCCUGGUCACGACCACCACUGGGGGCAGCACAGCCCAGACGGCCAGCCCCAGCACGAACACCAACCCUGCUAUCCAGCCAGCCAAGCCCAUGGUAAUGAACACUGCAGCAGUGAGAAUGUCUGUUCCUAUAGUCCCUGCACAGACUGUCAAACAGGUGGUGCCAAAGCCCAUGGCGUCUGCGGCCCAAGUAGUGACAACCAGCCAGACGCAGCAGCGGCUCAUAAUGCCAGCCACCCCGCUGCCUCAGAUUCAGCCCAACCUGACCAAUCUACCCCCGGGCACAGUGCUCGCCCCUGCCCCCGGCUCAGGAAACAUGGGCUACGCUGUACUGCCAGCCCAAUACGUCACACAGCUGCCACAGUCUGCGUUUGUGACUCUGGCCAGCAGCUCGGGCUUCUCCAACCCCACCGCCAUUCAGACGCAGGCCAGGCUUCCGCUCAAUGGUUUAUCAACAUCAGAUGCAACCUCACGACCACGUAAGCCUUGCAACUGCACAAAGUCACAGUGCCUGAAAUUGUAUUGUGACUGCUUUGCAAAUGGAGAAUUUUGUAACAAUUGCAACUGCGUCAAUUGCUUCAACAACCUUGACCAUGAGAGCGAACGGCUCAAAGCCAUUAAGGCAUGUCUAGACAGAAACCCAGUGGCCUUCAAGCCCAAGAUUGGCAAAGGGAAGGAGGGUGAAUCUGACAGGAGACACAGCAAAGGCUGCAACUGCAAGAAGUCUGGCUGUUUAAAGAACUACUGCGAGUGUUACGAGGCAAAGAUCAUGUGUUCGUCAAUUUGUAAGUGUGUGGGCUGUAAAAACUUUGAGGAAAGUCCAGAGCGCAAGACACUGAUGCACCUGGCUGACGCAGCGGAGGUACGGGUACAGCAGCAGACUGCGGCCAAGACCAAGCUAUCCUGUCAGAUCUCAGACCUGCUGACAAGGACCACCCCAGCCAUCACCAGUGGAGGAGGAAAGCUGCCAUACACAUUUGUCACGAAGGAGGUCGCUGAGGCAACGUGCGACUGUCUGCUCGAGCAGGCCGAGCAGGCUGAGCUGACCAGUCAGCCACAGGCGUUGGCUGAGAGGCUGGUCCUGGAGGAGUUUGGCCGCUGUCUGCGUCGAAUCAUCAGCUCUGCCGCCAAAGCUAAGACGGACUGCCCCAUCAACUGCUAGGACUGUCUCCACCCCACCCCAUGCUUCUGGCCAGGCCAGGCCAAGCUGAACUGCACUGCAGGGCUUUGGUUUAGGCUGUUCUUCAAGCCUCCCACCAGGCUUUGGCUGAGUUGAGACUUUUGCUGUUUCUUAGGCCUAGGGUAAUUGGUCCCCGAUGGGGGCUCAACAAGCUUGUCACACUCCUCCUCCAGCUGUAGGUUUUUCCUGGACGUAUAUCAUGCUUUACACUUGACAUAAAAAGCUGUACGUCUGCUGAAACUAGGGAGGCCCCAUCCCCCUGGAUUGAUCCUACAGUGAGCUGCAUGGAAGACUGGUGGAAAUGCAGAAAGAGUCUUCCCCAUGGUUUCUGAGUUGUGAGCAAGGGAAGAGAGGUUGGGUCAGGGAAAAAUGACACUGUGCAGCACAGCGGACAGGUACACAGCCCCCUGACCUUCUCGUGUGGCCUUGCACAGUUUGCUUAUUUGGAGGAGAUUUGAUUUUAGAGUGGUUUUUAAGAUAGUUGUUUUUUUACAUUUUCCUCCCUAGGCAAAUGUUUUCCUUCUUAUUUCAGAUUCAUAAUCAUGCCAUUUCUAAUUCAGUGUUUGUUAGCCCCUCACCCCAGUCCAUUUUCUUUGUUUGUUUUAUUUACCGCUAAUAACCUCAACUCAGUAAUCAUAUGUACAAUAUGUAGCCUAUAUUGUAGCCUCUUUAUAAUGCAUUUUCAAUAUUUAUUUUUUUUAUGCUCUUUCCUGACCAGCUGUAACUCCCCAAAGAAGCUGACAGUGUUGAGUCCCAGAGUUGGGUAGUGAUUUCCGGUUUGAUUGCAUCACUGAGUUCCAGUUGAGGUGAAGGAAGGCUUUACCAUUAUUGCACAUGUUAAUUAAUUUUAAUCUCAUUAUUCUGUUUGUCCUGUACUUUGAUGCUAUGAAAGCAGUGGUCUUCAUUUCUACUCCAACCAGCCCUGAACUUUUUUGGGGGGCGGGGGGGGGGGUGGGGAUGUACCUCCUCUUUGACACCUUUUUCAGCACAUAGAGGUGGGUAAAUUAGUGGAGUCAGUGGAGGAGUCCUUGUGGGCAGGCUCAUGCUGCCCCUGCUGGGAAAAGCAUGCAUAUGCAGGGCCAAACCGAACUGUUUACUCAUAUAUACCCACACAGACAUUUUACAGGUAGUCUGCACUCAUAAGGAAGAAAUACCCUAUGCAUUACACACAGAACGUACUAUUAGGUGCCCUAAAUUUGACUGUUUAGAACCUGUUUAGAACACAUUUUGUAAACAGACAAUUUUUAAUUAAUGAAAUCCCCAGUUUUCCACUUCUGUAAUGAUAUAUGCCCCCUGUUGAAAUAUGCAAAAAAAACCAAACAAACAAACAAAAAAAACCUUAGGAGGAGUCAGUAUGGGGAUUUCAGGGUCUCUUUUGUUGUAUGUUUGCUUGUGGGGUGUCCUGUUUUUUAAACGUCAUUAUUGGUUGCAGAUUGAAAAUGAAGAAAAAUUGUGUCAUCAGGGGAAAUGGGUGAGGAGACAGUUAUAUGUGCUGAGACAGUUCACAUUAGUUGGCUGAUCUAGGCAUAAUGUUGGUGUGAAUGUUUUGGAAUCAUGUUUGGGUUGGCACAGGUGGUCAGUACAUUAGUUUAGAAAUAAAACUUUGCAUUAAGUUUACCUUGUACCAUUCAAUAAAUAUACCAAAUUAGGAAAGGUGGUAAAUUGAGCAGUGGGACAACCAGAUAUAUGUUCCUCAUAAAGUAUUUGUUUCCUUAAAGUGCAUGUUCUGUUCCAGAGUGCCUUUUCACAUCCCAGGUCAAAUUAUUACACUGUGGUUUCUUGAAAUAGAGAUAUGGUUUUUAAUCAAGUUAUAUUUUAUCUAAUGUACUUUGGGCAAUUCAGAAUUUAACUUUAAAAUCAUAUGAGUUAUUUACAGGUCUAGUUUGGAGCAUCUAAGGAGGUUGAGUAUAUUGAAAGCUUAUACUUGUGUGCUGAACCAUGACUUCCUUGUGGAGCAUUUUGUAUUGUCAUCAGUAUUCAGUAUUGGCUCCAUGACUGGUCCUUGAAGAAAUAAGUCAAGCAUUAUAUCAUGUUCCCUGCAUCAGAUGAUUAAGAAAAUAUCAUUACACAAAGUCAAAAUAAACACAUGGAGUUAUUUGGAUUGUCACCAAGAACAAGAUGUAAAGAGUGGUUGAUAGAUCUUGGUGUGCCUUAAUUGCCACAUCAAUGCUCAGGGUUUGCUUAGAUUCUGUCAUCUAUUUUAUAAGUGUCUGUACAAUCCUGAUACUGUUGAUCAGUUUGCUGCUUAAGAAACAGUCCGUUAGAAUGCAAGCAGUGGUCUGUAUUGCAAAAGUGUAUUGCCCCAUGACAAAUUCGUCUUUUAAAUUAUGCUUUUGGCUCUCCUUUUUAGAUGUCAUUUUGUAGAUGAGUGCAUAGUAAUCACUGCCUUGAUGAUAUUUCACAGCACAUUGCCAGAUACACUGAUUUGUGGAACGCUUUCAUUUUAUAUUCUUAUAACCAUGCUAAAUUUGAAAGUACAUCACCUGUGCCAUCCUAUACUUGCUUAUAAUGGGUUCUCUGUCUUUUGGUGAGUAUAUGGAAAUGUACGUCUUUCUCAGAGCUGCAGACAGUAAGCAACAAUCCAGGGUUUCUUUUUAACCAACAAACAUGCUCCUUUAAGUAAAUAAUUAUAAAUUGGGCUUUUUGAAAGGCAAAUCUAUUUUUUAGGAGAAUUCUUGCUUCCUUUCAAGUGAUCUGACCAUUUAAUUUUGUAGAAAUGUAAAUGAAGACAAUAGUGUACCUUUGUAUCUCAAAAAAUGCAAUACAGAACUACUUUUCCAGAAAUUAAACCCCUUAGCUAAUAUAUAAAUGUUAUAUCGUUUGGGCAUAUGUGAGGAAGAAAAGUUUAUUAACCAGCUCUAGUGUUUUGAGUGUCUUGAUUUUGUUAACUGUACAUGUUUGUGUGACUGUUGGCUGUAUUUCUGUAUACCGCAAAUCAAGUCCCCUGCCCCUUCACCCCAUUAUUAUAAACCUUAUUUCCGGUCUAAUUAUUUAAGUUCUCAUUUUAUUCUGCUUAAUAUAUCAUCACUUAAAAUUCCGCUCAAAUAUUUUGGAAAGUUAGGUUUAUAUUCAGUCUGUUGUAUACACUCUACAAAACAGAAUUAACUUUUAUGUGGACUUGCCUUAGUGCUUGCCAGAGUGUGCUAAGGUGAUGAAUGAGUGGAGCAGAUCUUAAGCAGAGACUUAUUUCAUAAACGUAGGUGAAUUUGUAUGUCGUGUCUGUUUUCUUUUGCAAAAUGCAAAACCUUUUUUAUGUCGAAGCACCACCCACUUUAUCACUGAAUGAAAAUAAAAAUUAAAUAAAUCAU